UCGUCUAAAGUUGUGCAUUGUAGUUGUCACGCAGAUUUUUGCAGAGUUUGUUCGCGAAUCGCAGAAAUUUGUUAAAUUUUGUGCUAAUUGGUGUCCAAAACAUUAUUUUCUGCUGUGCUUAGCGAGAGUAGAAUGUUAACUGGUGAGAUAUAGCUUCAUUUCAAUCAUCAUAUCACACAGCCAGCCAGCUAAAAGAGCUCCACCAAAGUCUCUGUGUGUUGUCUUCCUUCGAAAUUCCAUUGUUUUUUUGGCCAAAAAUUACAAAGAAUCCUCCAAUUCAUCCUGAAUGUCGAUUGACCAUCAGCUUCCUCUGACUUCUUCAUGCUUUUCUCCCAUCCGGAAAUAAAUCAUGUGACUCACUGACGGUGCGAUCGAAUGAUUUUUGCCAGCCCACAUCGAACACGUAAUCACAGAAAUCCUUGACUUUGGACUGCGCGAAAGUUUCUCUCCCACCAAGAAAGGGUCAUCCGGACGAUCAAUAUCUCGCUAAAUUGGCCAGUUUAGUGGCUCUUUAGAUGGCUUGGCUUGGUUUUGGUGCAUUAGCUUCGGGUUUAGUUCUCCAGAGGCUUCUGGGUGGCGAUGCACCUCCCAAUAAAGUACAGGAGAUCAAAGCGGACACGCUACAGAGUCUCCAGGUGCUCCAUCGGGAUGAUUCGAUGGUGCUGUAUGCGCCGCCACCGGGUCCGGGAGACAAGAAGGCUGUGUAUGAGAUUGUCCUCCAUAGACCCUAUAGCGAAGGCGUAAACACCUCCUUCAGCCUCUACCGGGCUGCAAGUCAGGAUGAUGCCGAGGAGAAGUUCAAUGCUUUUGUCCAUCGACUUCCUGUCUUUGUGCAGAUUGUCAAGGAAAUGUACAACAUAAAUGGUCUGCAGAAAAUCUGCGAUACUCUCAUUGAGAAUCCUUCCUGGUCUCUGGCCCAUCUCGUGGCCUACUUCAAUCUCACGGAAUAUGUUCUGCAGGAGAAAAUCUUCGAAUUUAUUGACUAUCCCGAUCACAAGAACUACAUGUCUCCGCUUCAGCUGGCUGUAAUGUCGGCAAAUGCUGAGAUGGUCAAAACUUUGCUUCCUCUCUGCAAAAUUGACCAUCUGGAUAACAAUAGUAGUUCGGUGUAUCAUUAUGCCGCCAGCACGACAAAGGAUAUCAUUAAUAUCCUGGCGGCUAAGAGUACAGUGAACAUGAAUCACUGUAAUUCCGAUGGGUACACUCCACUGCAUCUGGCUUGUUUGGCGGACAAGCCAGAAUGCGUGAAGGCUCUGCUGCUCGCGGGAGCUGAUGUUAAUAUCUCAGCUCGGAAUAUCAGUGCGAUUUACAAUAAGAAAACUGAACAUGCGAGUUCAGUGGCAGAAUUUCUGCAGACCAAUCCCAAUAAGUUGGUGACGCAAGAUAUGAAACAUGGAGGAACUCCUCUGCACUGGAGUUCCUCCAGGGAGGUCAUUGAGGCUCUCAUUGAGCGGGGAACUGAUGUCAAUGCACUGAAUUUCGAUGGGAGGACAGCUUUGCACAUUAUGGUGGCUAGAAAUCGUCUGGAUUGCUGUGUGGCCCUCCUGGCUCAUGAGGCAGAGAUAGAUCUGAGGGAUAAGGAUGGGAAUACUCCGCUGCAUUUGGCUGUGGAGAAGAAACUUGUGCCAAUUGUGCAGUGUCUCGUGGUUUUUGGGUGUGACAUCAACAUGAAGAACAAGGAGGGAAAGACACCGAGGCAUAUGGUGGGAAAAGAUGCUUCGGGAUCAAAUGAUGAUAUGAUCUUGUACAUUUUGCAUUCUGUUGGGGCUAAAAGAUGCCCUCCGGCCAGCACAAAGUGUCCAAUUGGCUGCAAUGCCACUGGGACUUACAAUGGGAUUCCACCAGCUACUCCCGAAUCCCCAGAAUCAAGGGAACACAUUCAGCAGAUGCUGGCAUCAACGGCAAGAGGGAAUCGACCAAGUUUGAGCAAGUGCAAAGAUCUCCUGGAGAAACAGCAGCAAAUUGUGGACACAACACCCGUGCAGAAGGGUCAGAGUGUCAUGGAUGCUCUUCUGGGGAUGUUUUCUAGCAAAGUAGUCAAAGCUGAACCACCCCUAUCACCACCAGAUGCCCCUCUAAUUGACAUUGAGAUGACGUCUGCCGAGGCAGAAGACAAGGAAACAGCCUCAGCUCAAACGGAAGAAGAACAGGAGAAGCGUGGGAGGCUUCUGUGUCUCGAUGGAGGAGGAAUUCGUGGUCUAGUCUUGGUCCAGAUGCUGCUGGAGAUGGAGAAACUCUCUCAAACCCCAAUCAGUCACAUGUUCGAUUGGAUGGCAGGAACCAGUACAGGAGGCAUCUUGGCACUUGGAUUGGCUGCCGGGAAGACCAUGAGGCAGUGCAUGUGUCUCUACUUGAGAAUGAAGGAUCAGGCUUUUGUCGGUUCCAGGCCAUAUCCCAGUGAAUAUCUCGAAAACGUGCUGAAGGAGAAUCUGGGGGAGUUUACAGUAAUGGCGGAUAUAGUGGCGCCCAAAAUCAUGGUGACUGGUGUAAUGGCGGACAGGAAGCCCGUGGAUCUACAUCUCUUCCGGAACUACAAGAGUGCUAGUGACAUUCUAGGCAUCGUCACGCCUACAAAUCAUAGAAGAAUUCCACCGCCUGCUCCAGAGGAGCAACUUGUUUGGAGAGCAGCUAGAGCUACUGGAGCUGCUCCAUCCUAUUUUAGAGCUUUCGGUCGUUUCCUGGAUGGCGGUUUGAUUGCCAAUAAUCCCACCUUGGACGCCAUGACGGAGAUCCAUGAGUACAACAUGGCUCUGAGGCGUGUUGGACGGGAGAAGGAAGCCAUUCCGCUGUCUGUGGUUGUUUCAUUGGGCACAGGGAUGAUUCCCGUGACUGAGCUCAAGGAGAUCGAUGUAUUCCGACCGGAUAGUAUCUGGGAUACGGCAAAGCUGGCCUACGGGAUUUCAGCCAUAGGUAAUCUGCUCGUGGAUCAGGCGACAGCUUCCGAUGGGAGAGUCGUGGACAGAGCCAGAGCCUGGUGCAGUAUGAUUGAAGUUCCAUAUUUCAGGUUCAAUCCGCAGCUGUCAGAGGAUGUUCCCAUGGAUGAGAAGAGUGACCAGAAGUUGAUCAAUAUGAUGUGGGAGGCUAAAGCAUAUAUUUAUGCUAACAGGAACAAGGUCAUUGAAAUGAUCAAUUUGCUGAAAUAGCGGUUAAGAUAAUCCCAUCGUUGCACAAAAAAACAACCGAUUUUUCUCUUUUUCCCAUGAGAAUUUCCUCAAGAAAGGGAUUCUGUUUCUCUCUCUGUCAGAUCUCUUUAUCGGUGUUGUGUGUUGAUUUGUUUGUUGAAGAAGAAGAGGGAGAGGAUACAACUUCUUACUUAAAAAAAAAACAAGAAAAAUCAACUUGGUGUAACGACUGGGAUGGUAAAUUUUAGUAACCUUUCUCCACGUCUUAUCCUACUGUGAAUUUUCCCUCCGUUCGAAUACUGAUAAUAAUAUCACUCACUCACAUCAUCCGAAUAGAAAAGGACUGCAAACAUUAGAAACUUCGCCAGAAGUGGUUUUUUCUUAAAGUUAUAUGAUUUAUUUCUCUAUUUUUACCAAGGGAGUGACAUUGGCUCUGAAAAAAUGCGACCGAUUUUAGUGUAAAUUUGUACCUGUUUUCGUACACAUUUCACGAGAUAUCUCCAAAACUACGUAGGUUGCCAAUUUGUAGUUUUCGGUUGCGCGUUCAAUAUUAAGUUAGCUUUUAUUUUGUAUUUAUAUUUUUUGCUAAUUCAUUCUACACUGACAGAAAACAGCUUAUAAACCCAAAAAUUUUUUCGGCACGCUAGAAACAUAUGGGAAACAUAGGAAAUGUCAUGCCCCUGAUUUUUACCUUUUAUAAACUGAUUAGUUUGCUAUGGGAUCGAUUGGGAAUGUAACUGACAACUUUGCAAACUUUUCAGAUCAUUAGAAGUUCAUGUGAUUGCCGUUAAUGGCGCUGAAACCACUGGCUGAAAAAUAUCACGUACACUCUUAGAAAAGUAAACGAGUAAAACUUACUUGAAUAGAUUAAAUCUUUUCCUUGCGAUUUUCGAUUAACUUAUUUUAGAAUUGAUUUUACGUCUAUUUAGAUGUAAUAUUCGGAAGAGUUGUUUCAACUCUUUUUAUCCUAAAAUUUACAUGAAAGGAAUGUAAAUAAAGCACCGAAAAAGUUUUAAAGACGGAAGAUGGAAGACUUGCUCGAUGAAGAUUCGUGCCAGACGCAAAAGGAACUUACAAAACCACGCCUAAAGGUUCUAUUAAUGAUUCAAAAGCAAGGAAGUUGGGUGCCUUAUGAAUUGAUACCAAGAGACGUCGAGCGUCGUUUUUCCACGUGUCAAGAACUGCUUCAACGGCUCAAAAAAAAAGGGUUUUUUGCAUCGCAUUGUAACUGGCUAUGAAAAGUGGAUUCAUUACGACAAUCCGAAGCGCAAAAAAUCAUGGGGCAAGCCCGGGUAUAAAGCAGUAUCAGUGGAAAAGCCGAAUAUUCACGGUUCCAAGCACAUGCUUUGUAUUUGGUGGGAUCAGGAGGGGAAUUCUGUAACGCUCUGGCAAUGCCAUGUGAUAAGUUGGGUUCGAAUCUUAGGAGAGCUUUUUCGAAAAUGCGAUUCUGUAGCCGUGGCAUUGUCAGAAGUCACAUAUUUGAGAUUUCUGGCAAUUAAAAUGAAAUGAAUGUUGUUAAACAAAUUAACCAAAGACGUACUGUAUUUUCAUAAAACCAUCAAGUAAAGGGAUUUCAUUAAAAAUUCAAUGAAUUGCAUUUUCGAACUCAUAUGAUAUGACAAAAAAAGCUCGAAUGGCAUUGGCAGGUUUCGAACACACGCGUGACAAUGCCACGAAAAUUACAGAAUUCCCCUACAGGACGGAGUAGUGUAUCAUGAGCUUUUAAAACCCAAUGAAACCAUUACAGGACAACUCUAUCGAAGACAAUUGAUGCGUCUGAACCGAGUUCUGAAGUAGAAACGGCCCCAAUAUUAUCAAAGGCAUGAGAAAGGCUUUCUGUAACAUGAUAACGCUCGGCUUCAUGUUGCAGUCCCGGUGAAAAACUAUUUGGAAACGUUGAAUUGGGAAAUCCUACCCCACCUGGCAUAUAUUCACUGGACAUUGCUCCAUCUGAUUACUACUUGUUCCGAACGAUGACUCGUGACCUGGCUGGCAGAGAUGGCAAAGCGUCUCAGCUUUGCGGAAUGCUCGAACUCACGAGAUAGAGCUCACCGUGAAUUAGUUUUUUGCGUUUUUUGCAUACUCUUUUGGUAUUACUGGUCUUCUAGAGAUCAAAUUGAUUCAUAUAAGGGAAGAGCACCAGCGAUCGGCAGUGUUCCUCGGAUCGUCAAGUUAUUGUCAUAUCAUUGCACCCUUUUGCACCAAUUAAAAUGAACUUUUAAAAAUGAUUAGCUACUUUUUACCAUUUAAUUUUCAAAAGAAUACAGUGCAUUAGUGGAAAUUUAAUUUAUAAAACUAAUUUUCCGUGAGACACCUGAUUAAAUUCGUGACGAUCCGAGGUACAGAGUACAUAGUAGCAAUUACAUCUAUUUUUUAUUAUUUUUUGUAAAAUUUUAAAGUUCAAACGCACAGAUAUAGUUAAAUGGAUCACUAAUAUGCCGAUUAGCAUACACAAAAAUACCAAAUAGUCUUUUGAGGCUUAUAUUUUCAACUAAAUAUCGAACAUGUCUCUUAACAUUCUGAUCCGGGGUAUUUUUCCCUUAUCACAAAAGCAUUUGAAAAUCAAAAAAUCUGUACUUAACCGAUUCAUUACCGUCAAUUUUGAGAAAAACCAAAAACAUGGUUUUUGGAGGGGAUGGAGGGGGGUUAUUAUUAGUAACCCUUUAAGGACGAUUGGAACACCGGUGUCCCAUAAAGAAAAUAAUUUUUCCUGACUACCAAAAAUUAUUUUUUCCUUAUCGCAUUUUCGUUUUAUUUCUUCAAUUUUCUUAUAUUAUUUUCACCUAGUGCCACCGAGUAUGAGAUAAGGUAAUACGGUAAUGGAAAAUUUUCGUAAGAGUUGCAAUGAAAAUGCGUAAAUUAACGAAAUACGGUGAGCAUUUUAAUCUUCGCAUGGUCUUCAUCUUUCUGCAUAUAUACUCAGCCAAAACUCAAUAUUUUUUAACAAGAUUUUCACCAAAAGAAAGCUCAUUAAAUUCUCUUCAAAUGACACUGAGAAGAAAAAAAAUCUUUAAAAACAAAUGAAACAAAAUCGGAGGAAAUGACCAUUUUUGGCGAUCACGUUUGCAGUCCGAUCAAAAUAAUAUCACAAUUUUUAUCCAAAACUUAGAAGUGUGAAUCUUUUAUAAAGCAUAUAUAAAUAUCGAGAUAAUAAAUCAAUCAACUCAAGAAUUUUUCAGUAGAAAAGAAAGAAAAAGAAAAAUAACUCAAAGAGUAAUUUCUCGUUGAUGAUUUAUUCUUAAAGAAAAAAAAAAACAAAUUGCGUCGAUGAUGUUCGUUUUAUACCAAUUUUUUGAAGGUGUUUUGUACCAAAUAUUUUUUAAAAGAUGUGAAAAUAGAAGAGUAAAGUAAUAAGAAAAUCAUCAUUCCAGUUUUGUCGUCUAUAGAAAAUUAUCCUAAAAUUAAUCUUGAAUGUUUGCUCCUUCGACGUCGUCAGAGAAAAAAAAUCUGUAGUAUCAAGAAAAGGAAAGAUAGAACAUAAUAAACCAAAAAAAGAGUGUUAUGAAUUCAAGCAAAUAGAAAAUAAUAUUCAUUAAAGAAAUAAAAAAAUCAUUUAAUUCAUCAUUAGAAAUUACGCACACAUGACAGGAUUUAUUGUCAAAAGGUUUAAUAAAAAGAAAAAUAAACUGUUGAAUAUAUUAAAAUCGUUAGUUCUUACACUGAAGAAGAAAAAAAAACAAAAAUAAUAUAAUUUUAGAAAUAUGUAUUUUUAAUUGGAUUGCAGAGAACUUUAUUAUUAAGUUUUUUUCCGUGUUAAUUUUCUUGGAUGAUUUUAUGAGAUUUUAUUUUUAGCAAUUAGUUUUCUAUGCAAAUUACUGUGAUUUGUUACUAUUCAUUCGAAAUAUUUAUGUUGCUUUGACAGAGUAUAUUUUUAAAAAUAUUCUUUUGCAGGAUUUAACAUUUCAAAUAUUUUUCAUAAUAAAUCAGGAUUUUGCUUUAUUUCUUGGAGAUUAGCAUGGAAAAGUAAGAAAUUUUGUAACGAAAAUGAUUUGUUUAUUGAGAUGAAUAAUAAAGUUUUAUCUUGGAAAGAAAAAAAA